AGCAUAGAUAAGCUGAGAUCCAGCUAUGCAAACCAUCUUUAGAGACACUUAAAGGACAAGCACCCCAGCUCCUUUCUUUCUGGUAAAUAUAGAGACACUAUCAUAUGAGGGCUUUUUUCCAUUCUGCAUGACCCACAACUGCUGAGCCUCGGCUGGGCUCCCCUGGAAUGUCACAAAAAUCCUUCAGCUGAAGCAGCCUUUCUGUGGGGCUCAGCAGGAGGCACUGGAGACAGGAGCACCACUGCAAGCUGCAGAGAGAGGUUGAGGAUGUUCGGGACCCGUCUGGUGGAAGCGGCCAUGUCGCGAGUAACUCCGACACACGCCUCCCCAGGGAGGAGCUUCCCUCUGCUGAGCCUUGUCCUGGUGCUGCUCCUCCAUGCAGGGGCCACGCGUGCUGAGAGCCCCAGUGAACUGCCCGCCAAUGACACCGAGGAGUGCGCUGGCUCCUACAUCUGCAAGAAGGGAGUGAUUUUACCAAUAUGGGAACCCCAGGACCCCUCGUUUGGGGACAAAAUCGCUCGGGCGACGGUGUACUUUGUAGCCAUGGUGUACAUGUUCCUGGGAGUGUCCAUCAUAGCCGACCGCUUCAUGUCCUCCAUCGAAGUCAUUACGUCCCAAGAGCGGGAAAUAACCAUCAAGAAGCCCAACGGCGAGACCAGCAAAACUACUGUGAGGAUCUGGAACGAGACUGUUUCCAACCUCACACUCAUGGCCUUGGGCUCGUCUGCUCCGGAGAUCCUCCUGUCUGUCAUCGAGGUGUGCGGCCAUGGCUUCACGGCGGGGGACCUGGGGCCGAGCACGAUCGUGGGGAGUGCUGCCUUCAACAUGUUUGUCAUCAUUGCAAUCUGUGUGUACGUGGUGCCAGAUGGAGAGAUAAGGAAGAUCAAGCACUUGCGAGUGUUUUUUGUUACAGCGGCCUGGAGCAUCUUUGCCUACACUUGGCUUUACAUUAUUUUAUCUGUGUCUUCUCCUGGGAUUGUGGAGGUUUGGGAAGGCUUGCUCACCUUCUUCUUCUUCCCCAUCUGUGUGGUGUUUGCCUGGAUAGCUGACAGGAGGCUUUUAUUUUACAAGUACGUCUACAAGAAAUACCGAGCCGGCAAGCAGAGAGGCAUGAUCAUUGAGCACGAGGGUGACCGGCCCUCCUCCAAGGCCGACAUCGAGAUGGAUGGAAAGGUUGCUAACUCUCACGUGGAGAACUUUUUGGAUGGGACACUGGUGUUGGAGGUGGACGAGAAAGACCAGGAUGACGAGGAAGCCAGGAGGGAAAUGGCUCGGAUCCUGAAGGAGCUGAAACAAAAGCACCCAGACAAGGAAAUUGAGCAGCUCAUAGAGCUGGCCAACUACCAGGUCCUGAGCCAGCAGCAGAAGAGCAGGGCCUUCUACCGCAUCCAGGCCACCCGGCUCAUGACCGGCGCCGGCAACAUCCUGAAGAGACACGCCGCGGACCAGGCCCGCAAGGCCGUCAGCAUGCACGAGGUCAACAGCGAGGUGACCGAAAACGAUCCCAUCAGCAAGCUCUACUUCGAGCAGGGCACCUACCAGUGCCUGGAGAACUGCGGCACUGUGGCCCUGACCAUCGUCCGCCGGGGAGGAGACCUGACCAACACAGUGUACGUCGACUUCCGGACAGAGGACGGCACGGCCAACGCCGGCUCUGACUACGAGUUCACUGAGGGGACGGUGGUCUUCAAGCCUGGAGAGACCCAGAAGGAAAUCCGCGUUGGCAUCAUCGACGACGACAUAUUUGAGGAGGAUGAGAACUUCCUGGUCCAUCUCAGCAACGUCCGUGUGAGCACCAAGGCCUCAGAUGAGGGCGUUCUUGAGGCCAGCCGUGUCUCAACACUCGCCUGCUUGGGAUCACCAUCUACUGCCACCGUCACCAUUUUUGACGAUGACCACGCCGGCAUCUUCACCUUCGAGGAGCCAGUAACACACAUCAGUGAAAGCGUAGGAACCAUGGAAGUGAAAGUGUUGCGAACCUCUGGAGCACGAGGAAAUGUUAUUGUGCCCUACAAAACCAUUGAAGGCACGGCCAAAGGUGGAGGGGAGGACUUUGAAGACACCUGCGGGGAGCUGGAGUUCCAGAAUGAUGAGAUAGUCAAAACGAUAUCAAUCAAGGUGAUAGAUGAUGAGGAGUAUGAGAAAAACAAGACCUUCUACCUAGAGAUCGGGGAGCCCCGGCUGGUGGAGAUGAGUGAGAAGAAAGCCCUGUUGUUGAAUGAGCUUGGUGGCUUCACCAUCACAGGGAAACUCCGCUAUGGCAAACCUGUCUUCAGGAAGGUCCAGGCUAGAGAUCAUCCUCUUCCUUGCACCGUGGUCUCCAUCCAAGAGGAGAACGAGGAAAAGCAGCCCCUGACCAGCAAGGAGGAGGAAGAGCGUCGGAUCGCAGAGAUGGGGCGCCCAGUCCUGGGGGAGCACACCAAACUCGAGAUCAUCAUUGAGGAAUCCUAUGAGUUCAAGAACACGGUGGACAAGCUCAUUAAGAAGACGAACCUGGCCCUGGUGGUUGGCACAAACAGCUGGAGGGAGCAGUUUAUUGAGGCCAUUACUGUCAGCGCGGGGGAAGACGACGAUGACGAUGAAUGUGGGGAGGAGAAGCUGCCCUCCUGCUUUGACUACGUGAUGCACUUUCUGACCGUCUUCUGGAAGGUCCUUUUUGCCUUCGUGCCCCCGACAGACUACUGGAAUGGCUGGGCUUGCUUCGUUGUCUCCAUCCUCAUGAUUGGCCUCCUGACAGCCUUCAUUGGCGACCUGGCAUCCCACUUUGGCUGCACCAUUGGCCUGAAGGACUCGGUCACUGCCGUCGUGUUUGUCGCCCUGGGGACAUCGGUGCCAGACACAUUUGCCAGCAAAGUAGCAGCAACGCAGGACCAGUACGCGGACGCGUCCAUCGGGAACGUCACCGGGAGCAACGCCGUGAACGUUUUCCUGGGCAUCGGGGUGGCCUGGUCCAUCGCGGCCAUCUACCACGCGGCGCACGGACAAGCCUUCCAAGUGUCCCCUGGCACACUGGCCUUCUCCGUCACCCUCUUCACCAUUUUUGCUUUUAUCAGUGUGGGAGUGCUGCUCUACCGGCGGAGACCCGAGAUCGGAGGUGAGCUGGGCGGGCCGCGGACUUCCAAGCUGCUCACAUCCUCACUCUUUAUCCUCCUCUGGCUCUUGUACAUAUUCUUCUCAUCUCUGGAAGCCUACUGCCACAUAAAGGGCUUCUAAAGGGACAAUCAGAGAUAGUAAAUAUGUGUAUAUCUAUAUAUAUCUAUAUAGAGCGAUAUAUAGGUAUAGAUAUAGAUAUAAAGCUGUGUAUAAUGAACAGAGAAAGAAUAAAAGAGAUUUGCCAUGUUCACACACCUGCUGAUGGAAAGCGGCUUUGGAGCAUCCUUUGAACUAGGCAGGACCCCAAAGCCAGCAGGACCCCUCCCCAGGCAGCGGCCCCAGCCAGGAGCCAGGGGCAGGGCCCUGUCUGCAGCUCGACCAACAGGAGCGGCCGAUGGCCACCGAGCCCCAUCCAUGGCUGACUCCCACCCGCUGGCCCCAGGAAGACGGAUGAGAAGGCGACCGGGGCGCGCCGGUGUGAGCAAGGCCAGAGUAGCUGGUGAGAAACAGAGCAGUGGGCAAGGGAAGGAGAGGAGAGCAAGGGUUCUGAUCUCCCACCGCAUCCAGCUGCCUUCGCCACCCGGGAACAGGCCCUCUGGCCCUGCUGGAGAGGAGCGAGAGACCGAACUGAAGACAAGGGGAAACUGGGAGCUUUCUAAGGAUAGAACACAAACCGUUUUCGUCAUUGCUUUGGGGUUGGUUUUUUUGUUUCGUUCUGGCGUGUGUACAACUAGCAUUUCCCACCCACAUGCCCCUCACCUUUCCCUGUCCGUGCUUUGGGGGUGCACAGCCGCAGCCUCGUGUCCCGUGUCCCAAGCCGAGGCCGCGCGGAGCGGCGGGAGCCUUCCUCCCACUCCUCCGCCUCCUCGGGCAUGCUGUCGUGGUACUUGUAACAUUUGCAUGAAUGAAAUGAAAUCUAUCUGUAUAUAGCAUCCUAUAGCGAUAGUCCUUCCAACCAUGUGGGUUGAGCAUUGCAGAUUACAAGCGUUUUCUUUUCACUGGGUUUUAUUUAUUUUUAGUUAGUUCGGUUUUGCCAUAGGGUUUUGCUCGUUUGUUUGUUUGUUUCCUCUUAGCGGGGGUGGAAAGGAUGGAAAGCUGUCCCCACUCACUGCUCGCGGCAUGGCUCCAUGAGAAGCAAUAACAGCCAUGCAGUUGUAGGUUUUCAGGGGAGGAAAACCCACACCCCAGAGCCUUCAGGGGUGUCCAGGGAUGUCCUUCAGGCUCUGUCCAGCUGAUGUGCUGAAGCCAGUGUGAGGCCUCCUCUGCCCACAGGAGGUGUUACACAGGGUCCCAGGGCGUGGGGUGAGCAGUCUGAGGGGAGCAAGCUUGGCUGACUCCCAGCACCCCACAUGCUUCUGCCUUUUGAGUCAGUGGCUGCCUCAAAGCCCUUGGCCCCCUGCUAUUGCCUGUACCCCCAGAGGUGUAGUGACAGCCCCUGUUUCUGAGUGUUAAGCCAUCAGGACCGGUCCCCAAAGCUGGUCCUUCCCCACAGCCAUUUGGAGGCAGGGCUGAAGGGCCGUACGAGAUCUCCCACUCCACUGAGCGUGACCAGGACGCAUCCCCCAGGAAAAGGUCGUGUUUUGCACUCUCCAAAUCCCAAGUCACUGGACAGGAUGAGACAGGGAGGUGUGACUCUGUGACUCAGCAUCACCCCCUGGUGCCAGGAGUGCAGGCUGGGAUUGAGAGCUGAGCCAGGGAAAUGUGGGUGUAGAGCUCCCCAGGGCGCAGACACUGGGCACUGGUGUUGAGAGAUGUCUCCUGACCCACUGCCCUUUGCCAGGCUUCCUGACAUUCCAGCCAGGCAAACUCCCAGCCUGCAUGCCCAUGGUGAGCUCUUCACACUCAGCUGAAAACCAUGUCUGAUGCUUGUACCAUAACCAGCUGGCUGGGGGUAUUUGUACUCAUCUUGAACUAUCUGUGGAAAUUUUAAUUAACCUGCUGUAAGAUUUUCUCUAGGAAUAUGAAGUUGUGGUUUUUGGGUUUUUUUUCUUCUCGAGCCUUUUUUCACUUUUGAUUUGUUUUGGGGUUUUUCUUUUUUGUUUCUCAUUGUUUUGGGGGAAAAAUCAAACACAGGUGCAGGUUGUCAGGUUUAUGAUUACCUUUAUGUACAAUGAUUUCAUUUUCAUCUGUUUGGCUUCAUUUUUUUUUUGUGUGUAUUGCCCACCACUAUAGGCAGUGAGUCCACUAAUUGUGAUGAUCCUUAUCAAUGGUACACAAUGCACAGAGAAAUAAAGUUUGUAAUGAUUCCUGAUGGA